AGAGAGAGAGAAAGAGGAAAGAAAAAAUAUGAAUUUAAAAAAAGGACUCCUGGUCAUUCUAGUAUAUUUUUAUUCAUCUGAUGUGUGCGGAUGUACUACUUCAAUGGCAUACGAUAUUUACGCGCCAUCAAAUGAAGCAGCAACAACUGCCAGUCCAAUAAUUCUUUUGCAUGACUUCCUUGAGUCUAAGAAAACAUGGACGCAGGUAGCUCAGCCUCUAGCUGAUAAAACAGGAAAACUUGUUUAUGCAGUUGACCUUAGAAAUCAUGGAGAUAGUCCCUGGACGGAGGAAUUCAACAUAAGUGUCAUAACGGAAGAUCUGGAAGAUUUCAUAAAGUCGAAAAAUAUAUCAGAAGCCAUAUUAGUUGGUCACAGCAUGGGUGGUAGAUUAGCACAGACAGUUGCAUUGAAACAGUCAGACAAGGUAGAAAAACUAAUAAUAGAAGAAAUGUCAACUGCCAACGUAUCUACUGCCGUCCACCCUGCCAUUGUCGGACUACAAAUUCGACUUUUGAAGCACGCAUUCAGUAUUAUACCAAAUGACACUGAUGAAGAAACUGCUUUGAAUAUAAUAAAAGAAUUUUUAGAGUUUCGCACUCCAAAAUUUUUACUUACAUGCAACUCGAUUGAUAUGUCCCCCAUAUACAUCAGUAAUGGUAGUGCCAAUUACAGAGCAAACGUUCCUGUUUUGGAGGAAAAGUUUUAUUCAGGUGCUUUAGAUGAAAAUUUGACUGGCAUUUACGAGAGAAAUACUUUAUUUAUCUAUGGAACUAGCUCUGAUGUAAAAGUGGACAAUGAUGAACUUAUAAAAGAUUAUUUUCCUAAAGCUCAGCUUUUAGGUUUUAAAGGAGGAAAUCAUUUUAUCCACCAGUCAUAUCCUGAGGAUUUUGUGAGAGAGACUGCAAGGUUCAUCACUGGAGUAAUUAAUCCUUGAUUGAAACGUUUUUGAUAGUAGAGAAGUAAAAUCUAGCAAUCAAUAAAAACUUAACGUUAUCCCAAAACAUCUUAUGUGUUCAAUAAAAUAAGUGGAUACGUUUUAUUUACUUGGAUUUUUCUUUUAAAUUAAAAAAAAAAAAAUUCUACUUUACUGAAAAUUUAGAC